CGCAAUCAGAAUUUUCAAGAAGGUUGCAAAACAGUUGCGUCAGAAACCUGCGCACUUGAAUCUGGAAAGGUGAACGACGAACGUUGCUCUCGCUGAUACAGGAUAAUAAAUAGUGAUCAUGCUGGUGGCGAGGCUGACAUGCCUGAGGAGUCUCCCGUUAGCCGGGCUCCGUCCCGUGCUGACCCAGGGCUCCCCGGCCCUGCGAUCACCCAUCCUGAAGGCCUGUCCACCCCUGCUCAGGCCCCAGGCGCAGGGUUUUUCCUCUAAGGCCAGAUUUGGUUUUCGCCGUGCGAGGACAUCCAGAGACCAGCUCAAAGAAGCAGCUUUUGAACCAGCGACAGAUACCGCCAUUAGAAUUGACAGCAUGGGAAGAAUGAUUCUAGCUGGAGGUGCAGCAGUUGGUCUUGGAGCUCUGUGCUACUAUGGACUCGGCAUGUCUAAUGAAAUUGGUGCCAUUGAAAAAGCAGUGAUCUGGCCUCAGUAUGUGAAGGACAGGAUCCACUCAACCUACAUGUACUUUGCAGGCAGUGUUGGACUGACUGCUCUGUCAGCUGUAGCUGUGAGUAGGACCCCAGCACUGAUGGGUCUGAUGAUGAGAGGAUCGUGGCUGGCAAUUGGAGCGACUUUUGCAGCCAUGAUUGGUGCUGGCAUGCUGGUCAGGUCCAUUUCAUAUGAGCACAGUCCAGUGCCCAAACACCUUGCUUGGAUGCUCCAUGCAGGUGUCAUGGGUGCUGUCAUCGCCCCCCUCACUCUCCUGGGUGGGCCUCUGAUGAUGAGGGCCGCCUGGUACACAGCAGGCAUCGUGGGAGGUCUGUCUACUGUGGCCAUGUGUGCCCCAAGCGAGAAGUUCCUCAAUAUGGGUGGGCCACUGGCUGUGGGCUUUGGAGUGGUCUUCGCUUCCUCUCUUGGAUCAAUGUUCCUGCCGCCCACCUCAGCGUUUGGAGCAGGGCUUUACUCAGUGGCCAUCUAUGGAGGCCUGGUCCUGUUCAGCAUGUUCCUCCUCUACGACACACAGAAGGUGAUCAAGAGGGCAGAGACACACCCACUCUAUGGUGUACAGAAAUACGACCCCAUCAAUGCGUGUAUGGGGAUUUACAUGGACACACUGAACAUCUUCAUGAGGCUGGUGAUGAUUCUGGCAAACGGCGGUGCCGGUAAAAGGAAGUAAACAGCUGCACUCUGUCUUCAGCUUCAGUUUUACCUUUCACAGAGCUUAACAAAGUCAUGUGUUAUUACUAGCAGCAUACACCAGGUGUUAUCUUUUAGUGGCAAUUCUUCUUUAACUAGCAAAUAAAGAAUGCUUUGCAAGUGUGCGAAGGUGAGGAUUGCACUCUCUGGUGCAUGUUGCCAGUCCAAGUGAAGAAGACAAAUAGUCAUACAUUAAUAACACGCAGACAGAGCUCUUACCUUGACUAUGGAAGUAUCUGGUUUAUCCAAGGAGUUACAGAAUACAGAUUAAAUCUGCCAGCAUAUUUUUGCUUGUCUCAGAUGUUCUUUGUAUCUUCUUUGUUUUUUAUUUAUUUUCUGGUAUAUACAACAGAAAUUCCACAUAUAUCAACCAUUCUGACAGUAAAUGACUGUUCUGUAUGUACUUGCUCCACUGUACACUGAUAUUGCACUUCUGCUGUGGGUUCAAGAGGUUGACAUUAGUUCAUAUAUUUAUACAGUCAUUUCAACAAUGGAAUCAUUCAAUAAACAAGCAAAAAGUUA